GUAUGCCCAGAGACCGGACGCCAGGCGCGGGACAGGCCCCCAGCCGGACGCACGCGCCCAGAGACCGGAUGCCAGGCGCGGGACAGGCCCCCAGCGGGACGCACGCGCCCACAGACUGGACGCCAGGCGCGGGACAGGCCCCCAGCGGGACGCACGCGCCCAGAGACCCGACGCCGGGCGCGGGACAGGCCCCCAGCGGGACGCACGCGCCCAGAGACCGGACGCCAGGCGCGGGACAGGCCCCCAGCGGGACGCACGCGCCCAGAGACCCCACGCCAGGCGCGGGACAGGCCCCCAGCGGGACGCACGCGCCCACAGACCGGACGCCAGGCGCGGGACAGGCCCCCAGCCGGACGCACGCGCCCAGAGACCCGACGCCAGGCGCGGGACAGGCCCCCAGCGGGACGCACGCGCCCAGAGACCCCACACCAGGCGCGGGACAGGCCCCCAGCAGGACGCACGCGCCCAGAGACCCCACGCCAGGCGCGGGACAGGCCCCCAGCGGGACGCACGCGCCCACAGACCGGACGCCAGGUGCGGGACAGGCCCCCAGCCGGAUGCACGCGCCCAGAGACCCGACGCCAGGCGCGGGACAGGCCCCCAGCGGGACGCACGCGCCCAGAGACCCCACACCAGGCGCGGGACAGGCCCCCAGCGGGACGCACGCGCCCAGAGACCCGACGCCGGGCGCGGGACAGGCCCCCAGCGGGACGCACGCGCCCAGAGACCCCACGCCGGGCGCGGGACAGGCCCCCAGCGGGACGCACGCGCCCAGAGACCCCACGCCAGGCGCGGGACAGGCCCCCAGCGGGACGCACGCGCCCAGAGACACCACGCCAGGCGCGGGACAGGCCCCCAGCGGGACGCAUACGGCCUGCACAGAUCAAUACCCUCUUUCAGAGGAAGCUUGACUCUCUUCUCUACAAAUUCUAGCAUCCUGCCCAGGGAAACCGAGUCAGGCCAGCCAGCUUUUCAG